AUGGAAGUCCAGUCAACAUCUCCUCCCACUAUAUCCCCUUCUCAACCACAACAACAACAACAACAACAACAACAACAACAACAACAACCUAAAGCCCAAAACCAAGACCACAAAAACAAACAUCCCCAUCCCCACCAAUCCAUAUCCACAACCAGCACAACCACGACCACCCGCUCCAUCCACCGCAUAAAAUCCCACCCCUCCCUAUCCCCCUUCCGCCGCCGCAUCUACCUCGUCCUCCUCUCCAUCCCACCAGGCCGAUGGACCACCUACGCCGCACUAGCCAGAUACAUGGCCACUACCAGCCCCAGCACCUCGUCGUCUUCUUCUCCUCCUUCUUCUUCUUCCUCUUCAACUACAACAACAAACAACCCUAACGCCACCCCCAACUGCAAAACACAACCUAGAGCAAAUCCCAAAGGCGCAAUCGGCAGCGCCCGCGCCGUCGGCACCGCUAUGCGCACGAACCCUUUCGCCCCGGACGUCCCGUGCCACCGGGUGCUUGCGUCCGACGGCACGUUGGGUGGAUAUAUGGGUGACGGGCCGAGUACUGGGGGGAGGAAUCUGCAGAGGAAGAGGGAGAUGUUGGAGGCUGAGGGGGUCAGGUUUUUUGGGGAGGGGGAUGGGGUGGAGGGGAAGAUGGGAAGGAAGGGGAAGGAGAUUAGGGCGCAGGGGGAGUGUUGGGUUGAUUUUGUGGGGUGA